AUGAGACAUACAAAAUGGUUCCAUUCUCUUUUGAGUUGCAAAAAGUCUCCGUUGGCAUCUUCAUCAUUGCCGGCGCCGGAGAAGAAGAAGAAUAAGAUAAGAUCAUCAACUAGCAUUGCAGACAAUAAUGAAGAAGAAGACCGAGUAACAAGUCCUUACGUUGAGUUGUUGGACGCGAACAAGCAUGCAAUAGCAGUGGCAGUGGCCACUGCAGCGGUGGCAGAGGCUGCAUUCGCAGCCGCCAAGGCGGCAGCUGAGGUAGUCAAACUUACCAGUGGGAGUAAGAAAAGAAGUUCUGCGGUGAAUUUUACCGGUGAACGCCGCCGGGAAUGGGCGGCUAUAAAGAUUCAAUCGGCGUUUCGAGCUUACUUGGCUAGGAGGGCCUUGAGGGCACUCAAGGGACUCGUAAAGCUUCAAGCUCUAGUUAGAGGCCAUAUUAUCAGAAAGCAAAGUGCAGAUAUGCUCCGGCGUAUGCAGGCAAUGGCUCGAAUCCAGGCAAGAGCCUGUAAAAAUCGAGCUUAUAAUUCAGACUCUACUAAUUUGGGCAUCGCGUUAUUCAACCCGCAUCAACCUGGUGUUGCCAAUCUCAGAAAAUAUGAGCAGAGGUCAAAUUGUCCCCAUCAUGAUGGACUCAACCAAAAGAAAUGUGGUUCGAGAUCGAAUAGGGACAAUGGUAUUAACACAAAAAACAUAUGGGUGGGUUCUAAUUUGUUAGAUCUCUGGAUGGAAGAAUAUACAUUGAACAGGCGGAAGUAUUCCUCCCUUGAAACCGGACGCCGGGAUGAUGAAAAAGGUGACAAGAUCCUCGAGAUAGAUACUUGGAAGCCUCACCAAAACCCAGAGCGAAGUGACAGAGCGUUUCAGAUUCCACAAUAUUUUCCUGUUUGGAACGAGAAUGGACAGAACUCUGCAACAUUUGACUCAACGUCAAGACAUUCAGCAAAAUCCGAAAAACGAAAUCUUUGUAUUUCGUCUAGUGAUGUCCCAUCCUUAAGGUCGAUAAAAUCCCCUCAGGAAAUGAAUCCAGUGUCUGCUAGAGCUAGCAGUAGUCGAAGAAGCCCUUUUAGUCCAACAAGGAGUGAGUGUUCUAAAAGCUUAUUUGAUGUGUACCUGGGUUACCCGAAUUACAAGACAAAUACGGAAUCAUCCCUGGCUAAACUUAGGUCACAAAAUGCCCCGAGGCAAAGAAUGCAGGACCGUGUGGGUACAAAGUUUGCAAGUGAUCUUUGGGAUAUGGACACAGAUUCAGAAAAGGGCUCAACCUCGUUUACUAUCUAUACGAGAAAAGGUUAUCCAUACGCCAGCCACUUAAAGAAACUCGAGAAACCUAUCCAAAAUCCUGCUGUAAGUUUUCGUUCCACGUAUGGCUAUAGAUAUUAG